AAACAUGUUGCAGUCCGGGCACAUUUACGAGAAACUCCAGAUAAAAAAGGGAACCAUCGCUGUCAUUUAAAUAGCGUCAAGCUAUGUUUUUCCGCUGCGUUCGGUGGUGAAGAUCUUCCAGCAUGUAUGCUUCUGGAACAGAGAGUUUGAUCAAGCAAGCGAGAGAAAUUCAAGAGGAAGAGCUACUGAAGUUCUAUGGCCGCAUAUCUAAACUUCUCCAUCUCAAAGACUAUGGAAAUGAGACGGUUGAUUCUUUGCAGAGGCUUCAUUUAAUAGUGUCAGCAACGAAGUAUGGACGGACGAUUCCGUCAGAUCUUCACAAGAAGCUUCAGGCGUUGCUGUGCUCCCCAAGCACCCCUGAGCAGCUCCAGGUUUUGUGUUCCUGUACGCUAAGGGAGAGCCUGCCCAUCUGUAUCAGCAGCCUGUCGACAGAGGACAUCCAAGACAGCCGGACCAUCAGCUAUGUGGCAGCUGUCAUUCUUGCACAGGCGGGACACAAAAAUGACCUCAGCCCCCUCAGUAACCAGCUCCUGAAGAGCCUGGAGUGCCGGCAGCCGGAGAGCCAGAUAUCCAGACACGUGCUUCCUAUUCUCUCCAAAGUCAUCAGCUUCUCUCCUGAAAGUCUGACUGAAGAUCACAUCAACCUGGUCAACAGGAAGCUGGUGGAUUGGCUGCGGUAUGCCAGUGUCCAGCAGGGGGCGUCCAUGUCCGCUGGAGGGUUUUUCACAGGACCCAGAUCUCGACAGCCUGCUCCUCUGACGGAGGUGGACGGGGCAGUUGCCGGAGACUUCUUCACCGUGCUGUGUGUGGGGCAGAGCUACACGGAGGACCAGUGGAUGAACAUGUACGCCUUCUCUAUGAUCAGGAAGUGGCUGCUGACCUACGACACGGAGGGAACAGGCAACGCGGACUCAGCUCAACUUAAGAGAGCGCAGUUCAUGCAUUCGCAGUCGCAAGAUGACAGGUCGGAGGUGGACGGGUCGGUGAUGUCCAUGGUUUCGGCCACGUCGUCGUCCAGUCGCCUGCUCCCGCCCAAAGAGCGCCUGAGGGAGAAGGCCUUCGAGUACUGCCACCGGAUCAUCGAGCAGAGCGACCGCAAGGCCCUGAAGAAGGCAGAUACGGAGCUGCAGAAAGCUUGCCUUGUGGAGGCGGUGACGGUCAUGGACAUCAUCUGCAAGGAGGACCCGUCCUUCGUGUACCGGGCGUUCCCCUGCGUCAAGGCCCUGUACGGCCGCCUGAGCGGGGACCUGGCCUUCGCCCGCGCCGUGCUCCCCAUCGCGCAGUUCUACCUCAACCACAGCGAGACGGCGGCGGUGGACUCUGAGGCGGUGUUCCGGCAGCUCCUCUCGCAGUUCCCCGGAGAGCUCUUCAACGAGCCCCUGCUGGCCUUCGAGUUCACCCAGUUCUGCCGCGCCAACGUGGGCGUGCUGCAGGAGGGCGUGGCCCUCUACCGGCAGAGCUUCCCCAACCUGUUCAAGUACCUGGCCUGGAACAGCCCGGCCCUGAUCUCAGAGUAUAUGGAGCUCCUGCCCUCCCUGCUGUGUCCUGAGACGGCCAUCGAGGUCCUGCACACCCUGCUGGACCUGCCAUGCCUGGCUGCAGCCCUGGACCUCCAGCUCAGGUCGGCUUCUCUCCUGGCCCCUGACAGGACCCUGUGGGACCAGGGGCCCAAGGUGGCCAGCUCUCUGGAGGCCUUCCGGCAGCCCUUCUACAGGGGCAUGUUCCUGUACAUACUGCGCCCGGAGGCCGGGACAGGAGACACCAUCGACAGGUUGGGCGUGCUCCACGAGGUCCUGGCGGACAUGGCGGACAGCCCGCGCGCCGUGCAGUGCGCCCAGACCGUCCCCGUACUCCUGCACCUCUUCUUCAACACCGUCGUCCAGUUUGCAGACAAGAAGCUCAUUAACCAGCUGGUACUCAUCCUGUUGGAGAGGAGCGGUCUGCUCUUUAACGUUCGCAACUACAAGGCCGAGGUGCAGAGAGUGUUCAGCUCCCACUUGCUGGUCUUGUGCAAGCUCCACCCAUCUCUCAUAGUGGAACAGUCCAGGGAGCUGCUAGACUUCACUUGCACCACUGCCAACAUAUACAGCAAAGAGGACCUCUACAUUCACAUGGUGUGGGUGAUUGGGGAGUACCUCUCGGUUUCCCAUGAUGCUCGCUGCACGGUGGAGCAGAUCACCUCGUUCUUCGAGACCUUGGAGGCGGUGCUGUUUGAGAUCACGCAGGUGCGCCAGCUGGCCAGCCCCCCCCGCUACUCGCCGCGGGUCAUCACCGUGCUCAUGACCACGCUGGCCAAGCUGGCGUCCCGCAGCCAGGACCUCAUCCCCAGGGUGUCCCUGUUCCUGUCCAAGAUGCGCUCGUUUGCACGUAGCCCCACGGUUGUCUCCUACUACAGCGAGGAGGACCUGGAGGAGAUCCUCACCCGUGCCCACGAGCUCAUCAACCUGCUCAAGCUGCCCAGCGUGGCCCAGUUUGUCCUGGCGCCCUCUGCCCGAGGGGACAGCCCCCGCUGGCACCGCGACACCAACGCCUCCCUGCCGCUCUCCAUGAGGACCAUCAGCAGUCUGCUGCACAAACACAGCAGCUUCCAGCACUGCUGAGCGUAGCGCGCUAAUGUACAACCUCACCCAACACUGCUGAGUGUAGCGCGCUAACGUAAAAUCUCAUCCAGCACUGCUGAGUGUAGCACGCUAAUGUACAACCUCAUCCAGCACUGCUGAGUGUAGCGCGCUAAUGUACAACCUCACCCAGCACUGCUGAGCGUAGCGCGCUAACGUACAACCUCACCCAGCACUGCUGAAUGUAGCGCGCUAAUGUACAACCUCACCCAGCACUGCUGAGCGUAGCGCACUAAUGUACAACCUCAUCCAGCACUGCUGAGCGUAGCAUGCUAAUGUACAACCUCAUCCAGCACUGCUGAGCGUAGCGCGCUAAUGUACAACCUCUCCCAGCACUGCUGAGCGUAGCGCGCUAAUGUACAACCUCACCCAGCACUGCUGAGCGUAGCGCGCUAAUGUACAACCUCACUUUGUUCUGGUCAAACCAGAUUGCUAUAGGGAGGACAGAUUGUGGGAAAUUGCACAAUGCUGUAGCGAAGCAUUUAUCCAUGACUACAUUUGGGUGCAUUUACUGCUGGAGGCUGAUAGCUUAUGCAGGAUAAAUGCUUUGUGAUUUAUGAUUCAAGACCUGAAUCAUCAAGAUUUUGGGAUAAAUCAAUAUUUAAGGUUGUCGAAUGAGAUUUCCUAUAUUUGAUCAUUUGUUUUCUUGUGUGGGGAGAAAUAUUGACAGUUUCAGCCACGGUGGGGUUUACGAGUCAAGACACAUUUUGAAGAAAAUCACUGGAUUCAGUUGAAUGGAAAAUGUAAUAAGAUGCCUUAUCACACGUUCAGGUCCUUUUUUUUUACAUUCUUGUACUGAUCUGUCAUUUCUCGAAAGUUAAGAAAUAGAAAGCAAUAAAAAGGUGCAUUAUUUCAGUGGUUGGACAGAAGUCAUUAGUGGCAAUCGAAUUGUGGAUGUAUCAAAACAUUCCUGAUGUAGCAUUAUGGCCACAUGUCAGGUUUUCUGAUCACAGAGUAAAAUUUUGUAAGGUUUUCAAACUGUGACCAGUGGAAUAUUUGUAGGUCUGUUCAGUUUCAGUCAUUUGUCUCCACCUGCGGAGUCAUAAUAUAUGUGUUCAUCUUGGUGUAAUUAAAGAUCUUUUCUAUGUACAGUACUAACAAGAAUAAAUUCUCAAACA